AUGGAAUCGGCACCUGAGGCAAAAAUUCCCAAAAUUGCACAGAAUUCCAAAACUGCUCCUAGUUCCGAGACCACUAAAAUUUUAAAAGCUCCACCUAUAGCUCCAUCUAAGCUUUUUCCCGAGCCAGUGAAAGCUUAUGUGCCACCUAUUUCAUUCCCUCAACGUCUCAAAAAGGAUAAGAAGGAUAAUUAA